AUGUCGCGAAACUUGCGAUACAAGUCUCCCCAGACUCCCGUGCAGAAGAAGUCCCGCCGAAGCUCUCGUGCGACCGACAAUUCGUCGGAUGACGAUUAUGCUGGCGUGGAUCUGAUAUCGGACGACGAAGAGAGCGAUCCAGAUGUCAUACGGGUCGAGGAGCAGGCAAUCAUCGAUUCGGAAGCGGAUGACGAAGAUGAAGACGAUGAUGAUUUGCAAACUACUCCUCGGCCCCAACUCGACGACGAUGCAUUAGGAUGGGAAGACUACGACCUAACUGCCGCGGGCAUCCCCGGCGAAACAUUUUUUGAGGAACAUAUGGCCCGCAUGCAUGCUCCAGAUCUUGCUACAGAGGCUGCCGCAUGGAAUGCAACCAAUAGCACCGUGUCCGAAGAUAUCGGUACACCAGGUCGCCGUGUCCAUUUUGAUCUAUCUGAUAGUGACGAUGGCGCUGAUUCUGAUCAAGAUGAUUUCUUUCCCGACAUAUUUCUAGACCAGAAUCGUUUAGAUCCAAGCUUUCGUCGAACUAUUGAGAACGACGAUGACGAAGACCGUGCUGAUAGUGACGAUGGGUCUUGGGAUUUUAACAGUGACAAUGGCAAGACGCCUACAAAAGCACAGCCCGGAGACGCCGAUAGCGACAGCGACGCGUCCAGUGGCUCAAGUGGCUACGAAAGUGAUAGUGACGAGGGCUUGACUACUGAUGAAGACUUGCCCCCUGAAUCAAAAUUUGCUCCUGCCAAAUCGGUUCUUCGACGUGUUUCCGAUGCUGCCGAAGAAGAGGAAGCAGAAGAGAUCACUGUCACCCGGCGCGCUCCCCUUUCCGGUCCAAGACUCGCAUCGUGGGUCCUCGAUCGCAGCAAACCUUUCGCGGUGCUGGAUAGCAAGGGCAAAAAGUUGAUUAUGUUCAAAGCGACAGCCAAGCGGCGAGUCAGCUUCAAUGGCACGAGCAACGUGGUUGAAUCCCAGCCAGAAUCAGAUCUCUUCAUGGAGGAAAGUUCUCCGAUGAUCAGCAACUCCGGCAACAUCAUGCUCAGUGCCAUGUAUGCGCCAUUGGAUCAUUUCGGUGGAGCCAUUGGCCCACCAGAAGCAUUCCACCCUUUCACGGACAUUGCUGCCGACGGGACCGUCACCCAUGACAGUACCUCUUCCUUUGAGGAUGAUGACUAUGCCGACUUGUUAAUGGAUGGCUACUACAACAUCGAAGAUUUCAUCAGCUUGGGUGGUGAUUCAUCUGAUGAGGGAGAAGGCAACAACGAGAACCAAGACCCCUCUCCAUCAAGCGACACGGCUGAACCUUUUUCUACUCCAGGUCGCCCUACGACUGCGACCAGCGAAGAUCAACCACAAGCCCACCCCCUCUUGAAUCAUUUUAACAACAAAGACGUGGUUGGCUCCUUCCGACGCAAUCAGACCCGACACCAGCAACUUACUCGCAAUGCCGUCUCUACUGAUGCACUGGCCUUCGCAGGACCGUACGGUCCUGAGAGUAUUCUUCGAGGUAUCAAAGGUGGUCGGCUCGAGGCUGCCAACGUGCCCAUCACACCAAUGCGACGCAAGAAACAGCCGUUGACAAUAGGUCCCAGCAGCCCCGCCAGUCCACUUGCCAAUGCUACUGCAAAUGGAAAAAGGAAGUUCACAGAUGAUCAUUUUGGACACAAGCGAUCUCGAAGCGCCAUCUGA